AUGCGGGCUACUACUGGUCUCCUCAUCACAGUUGCCGGCCUCGCCAGUGCCGCCCCCCCUCGAGCUACCCCUACCGCCUGUGUGGACAAGACACUCUGCUUUGAUGGAAUCAACGAGUGCGGCCAGCGUUUUGGAGGAUGCUAUAACCCGUGCUCUCAGAAGGCACCAGUACCACCCCCUUGCACAACGACGCCGCCUCCGAAGCCGACGCGCACGCCAAAGCCCAAGGAUGAUUGUCGUACACGCACAAUCUGCAUCGAUGCCAUCAACUCGUGCGGUAUUCGAUAUGGAGGGUGCAUCCCCGACUGCAAGCCUUACAACCUCAAGACACCUCCCUGCCCGGCCCCCACGACCCCUCCCGCUGCGGUUGAUUUUAUGACUGCUUGGAAGCGGGAAGAGGAUGCCAAGAUGACAGCCUACCAUUCCGAUGACAGCUACAUGUCGGCUUGGAAGGGUGAUGAUGGCAUCAUGACCGCCUGGAGAGAGGAAGACGGCUACAUGACUGCUUGGAAGGAGGACGAAGAAGGCAUCAUGACUGCCUACAAGUCCGAUAGCGGCCACGCGACUGGUUGGGAGAAGGUGGCUGCCACCGCGGUUGCUGGUUCGGUUGAGGAUGGCAUCAUGACCGCUUACAAGGGUGAAGAUGGCUUCAUGACUGCUUGGAAGCGGGACGACGACAAGAUGACCGCAUGGAAAGUCGAGGAUCCUCUCAUGACCAUCUACAACAAGAGGGAGGAGGACCCCAUCAUGACCGCCUACACGCAGCAGGAGGAGGAUCCUCUCAUGACCAUCUACAACAAGAGGGAGGAGGACCCCAUCAUGACCGCCUACACGCAGCAGGAGGAGGACCCCCUGAUGACCGCCUACAACAAGAGAGAAGAGGACCCCAUCAUGACCGCCUACAAGCAGCAGGAUGAGGACCCCAUCAUGACCGCCUACAAGCAGCAGGACGAAGACCCCAUCAUGACCGCCUACAAGCAGCAGGAAGAGGACCCCCUGAUGACCGCUUACAACAAGAGGGAGGAGGACCCCAUCAUGACCGCCUACAAGCAGCAGGACGAAGACCCCAUCAUGACCGCCUACAAGCAGCAGGAAGAGGACCCCGUCAUGACCGCCUAUCAAACCAACGAUGGCGUCAUGACUGCUUGGGCACCCCAGCCUACGCAGUAA